GUUUGACCUCUUCACUGAUAUCGACAAGGCUAAUGCAUUUCACACUGAGAUAGGAACACAAAGACCAUCUCUGUGUUGCUCUGUCCGGAUGGUUUCAGAGUUGAAGUCUUUCUGCGCAAGACUCAGUUACAGGCUGAUUUCUCAUGAGUGAUUAUUCUCCAGUGUAAGAUUCUGCUGCUUGUCAAUUUCCUUCAGGUCCAAGGUCAUUGGGCAGCUGGUGGCUGGAUUUGAAUUAUGGAUGUGAAGCUCUUCAGUGUUACUGGAAUUAGCCUCUGGUUGUUAUUAAUUCAAGGAAGCCUGGUUCAUAGUGGGGUCCACCAGUAUCCUAAUUGGCUGGAGGUGGAGGAAGGGGAAGAAGUGGCAUUGUCCUGCCACUUCAACCCAUCUGGUCACCCAUCACACCUGGUGGCCUUGCAGUGGGACCUGCCUGAAGGUGAGAUGUAUGUGAUUGUGCCUAGCAAUGUGACAGGGGGCAUGACCAGUGAGAGACUGGCACUCGAGGUGGACCUGCAAGCAAGGAGAAGCAUGUUGCGAAUCAGUGGCGCCAACACCAGUGACAGUGGCCUCUACAUCUGCAUUAUUGAACUCCUCGAGCCUCUGCCCAUUAUCCAGAUGAAGGGGAAAGGGACCCAGCUUCAUGUUGUACCAGGUAACAGGACAAAUCAAGGGAGAAAGGAAGCCAAACUCAUCAAAAAUCUUUCCAGUAAUGGGACAAAUCCAGGAACAAAUGAUUCCAAAAUGAUCCUCAGAUUUACUGUGUGUCUGAUUGACGGACCAGUGAUGGAGCUCAGCUGUUUCCUCUUGUUGCUCUGCUUAGUCAGUCUCGUCAUGGUUGCUGGCCUCGGAGAUUCCAUCCGGAUGAGGUGGGAAUUUUCCCGGAGAGACCAGAGACACAACAUCAGGCGUCACAAGGGGAAGCUACGGGAGGCUCGGAGAGGAACCUGCCCAGUUAAGGUCGUGUAGCACAUGGCUUCGGCCUAGGCUAAGUCCAGAAUCUCUCUGACCCUCUCCCCCAACCCAGGCAAGGAGACUCCUGCAUUGGUAACACUCCUCACAUUUCCCUCCCUCCUGUCCCCGCUCCCUCCUCUCCCCAUCCCCAAAUCCAUCAUCUUCCCGUCCCCCACUUCUUCCCCAUCCCCCACUCCCUUCUCUUCCCAUCUCCCCCUCCCUCCUCAACCUCCAAUCCCUCCUCUCACCAUCCCCCAUUCCUUCUCUUCCCACUCCCUUCUCUCCCCAUGCCCUAUUCCUUCCCCAUCGCCCACUCCCUUCUCGCUCCAUCCCCCCACUCCCUCCUUUCCCCAUUCCCCCAGUCCUUUCUCUCCCCACUCCGCACUCCCACAUCUACCCUUUUCCCUCCUCUCCCCUUUCCACUCCUCUCAUGCUACCCCCCAACUUUCAUCCUCCUCCUUCCCCCUCCCUCCUCUCCACAAUGCCUUCAUUCUUCCCCCCCUCACAAUCUUCUCCCCGCCUUGUCCUCAAUUCCUCUUCUGUCCCCUGACCCUUCUCCUCCGCUUCCCAAUACCUCUCACUCACUCUCUCCCCUUCACUUCCUCCCCUUCUCUUUCAGCCACACAUGCACACUCAUGCACAGGCACAGAUGUACACUCAGAAACACACACUCACAUGUACGCACAGGCAUGCACACACAAACACACAUGCACACUUAUCAGCAAAACACACAAACUCUGUAGCCAAAUAUUGCCUCAUUUCUUUAUAAAUUGACAGUACCUGUUCUCCUGCAUAUUUUGAAAGUUUUGAUCAAAUCAACCCUUUAUCAUCAAAAUUUGCAGAGCAUGUAACCCUAGUUUGCAAACUUCUCCUGUAAUUUAACCUUUGGUGCCCAGGCCUCAUCCAAUGCUACACUGCCUCUGACAUAUCUUGUAUUUUAAUCUUCAAGUUGUAAAAGACUGUAUUUCACUGAACUGUCUUUUUGCACUAAGCACUCUCUCACAGUCUCUAUUCCUGGACCUUUACCUCCCUUAGACAUCAGUAUGGGUUGGGAACUGUUGUGGCUUGCCUUGGGGAGCUGAAUUUUCCAGUGUUAAGACUGAAUGACAUGAGAAUGGGAACUGAGAGAUAGAGACUCCUAUCUGCACUCAAUUAAAGAGAAUUUCUAUACCUACACAGCAUGUACUCCAGGCUGAAUCCAUAAAUCACAUUUCUUUAUCAAAUGCAAGUUUAUUAAAAUAUUGAAAUGGCACCUAUUGUCAAUUCUCUCAACUGGUGCAUGAUGAAGGAACCAUCAGCAUAACCAAUAAAUAUGGUCCUCAUGUUUGUCUUGCUGCCACACGUCGAGUUUUUUUUUCAACAUGAAACCUUCAACAUGCAAGUAGUCUGAUAUCUAAAUAAACUGAUCUCUGACCAUAA